UUUUGACUUCCCUGAAUAGUGUUAGGUGUGUGAGAAAGAAAACAGGAGAACCGCAGCACAAGAGGGGAAAAUAAAGUGAUUCGCAUCCAAAGUUCAAGAAUCCCGAAGAGAAAAAGUCUUUAAGGUGCCGGGAUCGGAGAUUUGUAUGAGUGGGGAGGAAGCAAAGGAUUUUCCAGAUGGCUGAAAAUCUGGCGAGCGUGCUGCAUGAGCAGCUUUCAGAGGACUUCACGGAUGGCCAUCGGAACAACGUGCAGAGCGAGGGCGGAGAGCCGCGCUGGAGGACCGAGGGGGGCGAAGCCGAGCUCAACGGGCAGCCCCCCUCCUCGCGGCCCUCCCAGCCCGUGGAGAGCGAGGAAGAUGAAGACGAGGAGCUGACCCUGAAGUACGGGGCCAAGCACGUCAUCAUGCUGUUCGUGCCCGUCACCCUCUGCAUGGUGGUGGUGGUAGCAACCAUCAAGUCUGUCAGCUUCUACACGCAGAAGGACGGCCAGCUAAUCUACACCCCUUUCCCCGAGGAGACGGAGACAGUGGGGCAGCGAGCUCUGAACUCCAUCCUAAAUGCAGCCAUCAUGAUCAGCGUCAUCGUCGUCAUGACCCUGCUGCUGGUUGUGCUCUACAAGUACCGCUGCUACAAGGUGAUCCACGGCUGGCUCAUCAUCUCUUCCCUGUUGCUGCUUUUCUUCUUCUCUUUCAUCUACCUUGGCGAGGUGUUCAAAACCUACAACGUGGGCAUGGACUACAUCACGCUGGCGGUGAUCAUCUGGAAUUUCGGGGUGGUGGGGAUGAUCUGUAUCCACUGGAAGGGCCCCCUGCGGCUCCAGCAGGCCUACCUCAUCAUGAUCAGCGCCCUCAUGGCCCUGGUCUUCAUCAAGUACCUCCCCGAGUGGACGGCGUGGCUCAUCCUGGCCGUCAUCUCCGUCUACGACCUGAUCGCAGUGCUGUGUCCAAAGGGUCCCCUGAGAAUGCUGGUGGAGACAGCGCAGGAGAGGAAUGAACCCAUCUUCCCGGCCCUCAUUUACUCCUCGACCAUGGUGUGGCUGGUGGGCAUGGCAGAUGGUGAAUCACAGGCUAAGAAAAAGGAAGAACCGAAUUCCUCAGAACUGGAUGACCAAGGGGGUGUGAAGCUGGGCCUGGGGGACUUCAUCUUCUACAGCGUGCUGGUGGGCAAGGCCUCGGCCACGGCCAGCGGGGACUGGAACACCACGCUGGCCUGCUUCGUGGCCAUUCUGAUCGGCUUGUGCCUGACGUUGCUGCUCCUCGCCAUCUUCAAGAAGGCCCUGCCAGCCCUGCCAAUCUCCAUCACCUUUGGCCUGGUCUUCUACUUCGCUACUGACAACCUGGUGCGGCCUUUCAUGGAUCAGCUGGCACUACACCAGUUCUACAUCUAGCAGGAUGGGUGCCCUCACCCCCCUGCCUUCUGCACAGUCUCCUGCGGACUUCUGGGACAUUUGGGGUUCUGAGAUUUUUUUUUUGUCUGUUCCUGGACUGGACUGGAGGAAUUCUUUUUUUGGGGGGUGGGGGAGGCGGGUAAGAAUGGAAGGGAGGGUGGGCAUGGAUUAACGGCUUUCCAUCUCAACCCCUCAUCAUCACCUUGCAAUGUAAUGCCCUCCAUCACUUGCCUGAUUCUAAAUUAUGUUUAGGGUUUUGUAAAUGCGCUUGCCCUCAAAGGCGAUAUGUACAAAAAUGCUUUAAGAAAGAUUUCAUCUCACUCCUAGGCACAGCUCUUGAAUUGGUUGGGCUGGUGUAGUAGCUCAGACCCAAAUGGUCUGAAAUUUGAAAAAAAAGUUUAAAUGACCUUGCGAUCACAUUUCUGUAUUCCGUUUCAAUAGCUGUUUUACAGUGGACAUGUCUAGCCGAGAGGUUUUCUGAUUGCUCUGCCAUGUUUAAAAAAGUGUGAGAAUUGUUCUUUUGAAAGGAAUUUGAAAUUGUUUUAUCACGUCCAAUACCCAAAAUAAGGUUUUUGUGUGACUGCAUAUGUAAGAUCAUUUUAUAUCCGUUCGAGAUCUUAACGGUUGGACAUAAAGGCAUAAAAUGCAUUGGUAUUUUCUUAUUAGCCUACAAUAUCCAGAUGCUUAACUACAGCUUAGUAGCUGUAGUUUGAGCACUGUCAUUUUCUCUUAUCACAUUUCCCGGGACAUUUAAUUAUUUCUUGUCGUUUGCUCCUUUUUUUGUUGCAGGCCUUGGUGUCUUAUUUCAGGGUCUCUGUGGUUGAAACCAGUGGUUAAUUGUGUGAUUGCCUGUGUGUCAUUUCUGCACAGUGAAGCGCUGGAGCUGACCACUUGAUCCCUAUACCCACUGCCUUGGCCAUCCUGCCAGUGUGUGUUUAAUUACCAGUCAGGUGGAUUUCUGCACAGUCAUUUGCUUUUCCUCAUUUUAAGCUUCGUGAGGUAAGAUAGUGACUGUGCGGAUGUUUAGGCUGUUGGGUUCUGUUCAGAUAGUUCACUUAGAUUGCUGCUUUUCAGCUUCGCAGUACUGGAUUCUGUACUUAGGUGUGCAAACACCUGACUUCUACUCCACUCCCUUUUAACACUAAUCCACUCCAUGAACUGAGGCAGUUUUUUAAAGGAAUACUAUAAAAUAAAUCAAGGAAUGGACAAGUACACUGAGAUUUGUUUUCUUGAGCAGGGUAUUGGAAGAACAUGGCUGGCAGGAUGGAUGUUAAGGCAUUUUAUCAAGAUCUUCAGAAUUGGACAGCCGGUGAUCUGCAGGGCUGGCAGGAAUUUUAGUAGUUCUUAAAUAUCCUCUUGUUUAAAAGCACCAGAAUUGUUCAGUUUAGCAAGCUGAGUAAUAUUCAACUGAGGGAUUUAGAGCUCCGCUGGAACUAACAAGACCUUGAGGUGACCUUGGGGUGAUUUUUCAAUGAAACACUGACUGUAAUUUAUUAAUCAAAGAUAAGAACUUCUUAAUCUUACAAGCAUGUCACGAUCAAUAGGCGUGUGACCUGCACCUCACUUUAGCAAUAUGCAGUAUCCUCUUUUUAGCCUCCCACAGACCUGUAGGGGGAGAUGAGGAGAAAGGCAGUGGCUCAUCUUACUUGGAGCACCACUUGGAGCAUAACUGGACGUAGCAAAUCUGGCAGUAUCGUCAGUGACAGCUCUGCAACUUCAUUUAAUUCAAACACCUAUCUUUCAGUGUCAUUCAGGUUCAGUAUUUUUACUCAUUCAUUGCACGUCAUUUUGCAGUACAGUUGGUUUGAAUGUUUCGAAAACUGCACAAUUCAAAGAUUCAAUAAAUGUGCAGCUGCACAUGUAUUGCUUAGAAAUGAGUUGCCUAACAUGUCAUCCUGACUGGUAUGAGGCUACUUGAAAGUCAUGUGUUUUCUUUUGUCUAAGGCUUCACUUUGAUAGAUAUUUUUAAUGUUACACUUUAGUCUUUUAAUUUUUUUUCAUACAUUUGGUUCCCUUUCCUCUUCUAUAGUUUACAUCCACCUUUUCUCUUAUUACCCCAUCUGUGUGUGGUGCUGUAUCGAUACAUAGUUCUAAUCUUUUAAGGGUAGAAAGGAGAAGUGUACACAGUGCCUAGCAGUAUCUGCUAGGGAAGAUUUCUUUGGAAAGAAACGGUGAGAGAGCCUUCUCCCCAGUGUCGAAAUCCCAUUUGUCUGUCCUAUUUCAAGGAUCUUCUGACUGUAACCAAACAGAAUUUACAAGAGCACAGGAAGAAGUAGCAUUGAGUGAGUGUCUACAGAGUCUUCACAAACACUAUACCUAUUCCCACGUGCUCUGAUUAUUUUUCUGUCUACCAACACUGGUCUGUAAAUAGGAAGUUGCUGAUUUAUAAUCCUGGUCUGAUUCUCUUCAGGCUGCUUGUUCCGAAUUGUUAAUUUAUAACUACAGGAUGUUUAGAAUUUUGAUACAGUUUCAAUCUUUUUUUUUUUGCAAUUAAAGAAAGUGUGAUUAGUC